UAGUGGUGGUGUAGCUGGAAGAAGCAAGUGUUUCCUUCUGGGGCUUUGCUUGCUGCUUUGCUUCUAGUAGCAACAAUCUGCCCAUUUAUCUGCUUAAGUUUGGAGACGUUUUAACUCUCUUGUUUUAUAAUUAAUACCCCUGCAUGUUAAUGUUGUAAACUAGCUUUUCGAGGUGUCUGAAAAGCAUCUUUUUUUAACAUAAAUUUGGGACACGAUGCCAUCCCCGAUGGAGGGAUCUUCCAGAGAAGGUGACCUCUUUACUGUGAAACAUGAGCUGAAAAAUGCCAACCUGACGGGCCAUGUAGAGAGGGUGGGCAUUGAAAACUUUGAGCUAUUAAAGGUGCUGGGCACAGGAGCAUAUGGCAAGGUGUUCCUGGUGAGGAAAGUGAGUGGUCAUGAUGCAGGGAAGCUGUACGCCAUGAAGGUUUUGAAGAAGGCCACUAUUGUACAAAAGGCAAAGACGGCCGAACACACACGGUCGGAGCGGCAAGUGCUGGAGCACAUCCGCCAGUCUCCAUUCCUCGUCACACUUCACUAUGCCUUCCAGACGGACACCAAGCUGCACCUCAUUCUCGAUUAUGUAAAUGGUGGGGAGCUCUUCACACAUUUGGUGCAAAGGGUGCGAUUUAAGGAGCAAGAAGUUGCCUUGUACAGUGGAGAGAUUGUGUUGGCACUAGAACAUCUACACAAGCUUGGGAUUGUCUACCGGGACCUGAAACUUGAGAAUAUUCUGCUGGAUUCAAGUGGUCAUAUAGUUCUCACAGACUUUGGCCUCAGUAAAGAAUUCGAUCAGGUGGAAAGGGCGUUUUCUGUCUGUGGCACCAUUGAAUAUAUGGCUCCAGAAAUUGUGGAAGGAGGAGAGUCUGGACAUGACAAGGCGGUGGACUGGUGGAGCCUCGGCGUGUUGAUGUACGAGCUUUUGACUGGCGGAUCACCCUUCACCGUUGAUGGAGAUGAGAACUCGCACACGGACAUCGCCAAGAGGAUUUCAAAAAAGGAUCCUCCGUUCCCCAAAGACAUGGGACCUCUGGCCAAAGACGUCAUCCAGCGACUCCUCAUCAAAGACCCAAAGAAGAGACUGGGCUCAGGUCCUAAUGGAGGAGAGAAUGUAAAGAAACACGCGUUCUACCAGAAAAUAAACUGGGAGGACUUGGCAGCUAAGAAGGUGCCUGCCCCGUUCAAGCCGGUGAUUCGGGACGAGCUGGACGUCAGCAACUUUGCAGAGGAGUUCACAGAGAUGGACCCCACCUACUCUCCUGCAGCGCUGCCGCAGAACUGUGACCGCAUCUUCCAGGGCUACUCUUUCAUGGCCCCCUCCAUCCUGUUCAAGAGGAAUGUGGUGAUGGACGACCCUGUCCAGCUGUGUGGGGGCUCUGAGAGGCCGGGCUCUGAGAGGCCGGGCUCUGCUGCGGUGGCCCGCAGCGCCAUGAUGAAGGACUCUCCUUUUUAUAUGAGCUAUGAGAUGGACCUUAAGGACAGCGCUUUAGGAGAGGGCAGCUUCUCCAUCUGCAGACGGUGCACGCACAAGAAGACUGGACAGAAAUACGCCGUCAAGAUUGUCAGCAAGAGGAUGGAGGCACAGACUCAGCGGGAAAUAGCAGCCCUGAAGCUCUGCGAUGGUCACCCUAACAUUGUCAAGCUACAUGAAAUUUACCACGACCAGCUCCACACGUACCUGGUUCUGGAGCUGCUCGGUGGAGGGGAGCUGCUGGAGAGGAUCCGCAGGAAGCAACACUUCAGCGAAACCGAGGCCAGCCGCAUCAUGCGAAAACUGGUGUCGGCCGCCAGUCACAUGCACGACGUGGGAGUAGUGCACAGGGACCUUAAACCGGAGAACCUGCUCUUCACAGACGAGAGUGAGAACUCCGAGAUAAAAAUCAUAGACUUUGGCUUUGCUCGCCUCAAACCACCAGACAAUCAGCUCCUGAAGACUCCCUGCUUCACCCUGCAGUACGCUGCACCAGAGAUACUCAAGUACGACGGCUACGAUGAGUCCUGUGACCUCUGGAGUCUGGGGGUCAUUCUGUACACCAUGCUGUCUGGCCAGGUGCCUUUUCAGUGUCAGGAGAAGAGCCUGACCCACACCAGUGCUGAGGAAAUUAUGAAGAAAAUCAAACAGGGAGACUUCUCUUUUGAAGGCGAGGCCUGGAGAAACGUGUCCCAGCAGGCCAAGGACCUGAUACAAGAGCUGCUGACGGUGGACCCAAACAAGAGGAUUAAGAUGUGCGGCCUACGUUACAACGCCUGGCUCCAGGACGACAGCCAGCUGUCCUCCAACCCACUCAUGACCCCGGACAUACUGGGCUCCUCCACUGCCUCCGUCCACACUUACGUCAAAGCUACCUUUCAUGCAUUUAACAAAUGUAAGCGGGAAGGUUUCCGCCUGCAGACGGUGGACAAGGCGCCGCUAGCCAAGAGGAGGAAGAUGAAAAAGACGAGUACCAGCACAGAGACCCGCAGCAGUUCCAGUGAGAGCACCCAUUCCUCGACCUCCUCCUCCCAGUCUCAGACUGAGAAGACUUUCCCAGAGGGCAUCGCUAAGCCGCAGCCCUCCAACAGCACGCCGCUCACCACGCCCGUGGCCCUGGGAACGGACUCUGAGCACCAACCAGCGCACCCAGCCUUUCACUUCUCAGAAGGACAGUGAGACAGCGAGAGGAAAACGGGAGAUUCAGACAGUUUUGUGACCUGCAGGAUGGCUCGGACCUCUUUCUCUCUUGUCCCUGGCAGCUCUCUGCCUCUGGCUCAAUUGCAUGGACGUCCGCACGUCUCCAAAAACCAAGCAUGCAGCAGGAGCAGCAACCGUCACCUCAAUAUCAAUCAAUCAUCACUAGCAAUAGCCUAUCCCUUUUCUUUCUCUCUCACGUUCACACACAGACUGUGUCAAUCAGGGACUGGACCAGAAAGAAGUCUUCACCAGUGUCCAAAAUGAAAAGGGCUGCCCUACUGCCCCAGGUCCAGACAGACAAUGGAGAGACGUCUUCAGUCUCGUCAUGAAAUCUCUCUCUGUCCGCUAUAUUUACCUGUCUUUGUCCAAUGCCUCCAGAGGUUUUAAAGGGAAAGUCGUAGUGUUUACACCAUGGAUGCUUUGUAUUUUUCUGUCAAAGGGAGAGAAGAGAUGCAGCGCAACGUAACGUCGGCCCACUUCUCUUUUCUGGGAAGUCUCUGCAAGAUGGAGCAGGGUGUUUAUAUGUGAAUUUUACAGACUGAGAUUUAUUUAUGAUAAGCUAUAUUGUUAACUUAUUUAUGGUUCAGACUGAUCUGAAGAGAAAUAAUGGAUAAAGUUGAAAAAAAAACAAGACAUUUUAUGUAUGUGUGUGUUUUAUCAGCUGAAAAAGACUGUUUCCAUGUAGUCAGAUGGUUGUUCAUUCAUCUUUGUAAUCAUCAAUGCUUCAAGUAGGUCAUUGGGACACAGUUAUGUAGACAUUGUAAGACUAUUAUAGGCAAGAAGAGAUUAACACCAUUAGCCACUGGUUAAUGGUUGUCAUAUUUAUGUAACCAAAGUCUUUUGGACUUUAUUUAUGGAGGGAUUGAACUGCAGCUGUGUCCAGUGGUUAAAAAAACAAAAAACGAUUUCCUUGUUUAUAAGGAUUAAAGAAGCAAAAGCGUAAACAUCUUUUUAUAGGAACAACCAAAUGUGGAUAUGUUCAGCCAAAUCUGUGGUUUUAUUGUUGUAUGGGGAGUACUGCUGCCUGAGGGGAUGUGACCCUACAAGAAGAGCUAUAUUUAGACGUAUUUUUGCCUCCGCUGUGGGAGUGUGACUACUUCAAGACUCGGCAUCACUGCUGUUCCACAUGGUCUGAUCCUCACGUCAGUAUUUAGCAAAGCAGUGGAUUUGCCUUGUGUGGUAUAGGACUUAAUUGUCUCAUUAUCACUACAACCAAUUGGAUUGAGCAGAAUAUCCCAAACGGAAAACUCUGAUCAGCUUAGUGCGAGGCGCAUGCGUCAAGGAAGUGGCUUCAAGUGGCUUCUUUUUCACAUGAAAAAAGAUCAAAUUAUUUGAAAACGGAAAGAUUUAUGUGCCAAAAAUUGCAAUUAAAUCAGGUAAUGGAAAGUCUGAGUUAAGGGUGGUGAUACAUUAGGACAUUGUAAUGCAAUAUAGUGCAAAAAGUUGCCCCUUGUGUCACCGCCCAAAGUCUUAAAACUACUGCAAAACAUCUACCCUUUAUGAAAACGGCAAGUCCCCGAGGACAGACCUCAAACAAACUCUUUUUUAUUUUUGACGCCAUCCCUUUGCUCUGUUUACCAUGUUGUACUGCAUGACUGAAAUGGUGAUCUUUGCACUGUGUGACAGCUCUCACUUUGAGGCAGAUAUCUGGUUAGUAUUAAGUCCCCAGUGCAUGAUGUAAACUGAAACAUCAACCUCUUCUUUUUCUUUGUUUUUAUGGGCAGAUUCUCACUUGAUUUAAUGUGAGUUUGUUUACUUGCACAUUUUGAAUAUGCCCGAUUUAAUUCGGGACUUUUACUGUUUGAGGUGUUUGGAUGUGAACACCGAAACCCCUUUUUACAAUAGCCUGAAUAUUGUAAUGUCCCAAUGUUACAAUAGGAGAGUUAGGCGAGUAAACGCCGCGCUCUGUUAAUUGUUUUUUGCAAGUAUGUGUUAGUCUGUUUCCAUGGUAAUAGUUGAAAUACUGUAUUCUGUUGAUAUGUACAGGGGUAUUUGUGUUCGGUAUGUGAAGCUGCCUAGAAACAGUUUCUCCUGCUCAAUCAGGAUACAAAUUCUUAGUCGGACUACUGUGUGCAUUUAAACACACUCCCUCAUCUUCUUCCAUUUUAAUGCACUCUGAAUCUGAACCAAAGCAUUAACUUCAAGGUAGCUGCUCUAAGCUGCAUGAGAUAUUUCCUUUCAUGCAAAUAUGCAAAGAAAUGCUUCAUAAAUAUCACGGUUUCUGUUUGUUUUUUGUCCAGAUGUUUUUUUAGCUAUGAUAAUUUUGUAACUGUGUGUUUCUUUAGAUAUUCUCUAUAGGGUCUAAAAUAUCCACAUCCAGCACAUUAUCAUGCUUAAAACUAUGCAUCUCUUUUCGCUGUUGCUUUUACCAUUUCAAAAAGACCUCGCCAAAUGGGUCCAAACAUAAUGCUUAAAAGGGCGCAACACUCUGCACAUCCAUACUGUACUUUUACCCUCAUAGUAUCAGCCACAAUAGAAAUAGCAAAGUAGAACCCGUCGGCCGUAUGAAAAGCUUGAAUCCUUGGAGCUGAACACUACAAAAGCUCUUGUCUAACUUAGUUCGCAUGAGUUCCCCGUUGCUGCCUCAUUAAGCCUCUUUUCUUUUGUUUGGGUGUAUUAAUAGCUCAAGUGGAGGAAGAGGAAAAGUGUCCUAUAUUAAGCUCCCCUCUGGGAGCCAGGCUCUAUUAGCUGAUGUGCUGCAGUGCUGUUUGUUCCAAAGAAAAUACCGUACUCCACACACAGCCUCUGUGGGACCCAGCUCUCUGCUCUUUGUAGGGAAAAUAACAGAGUAUAACAGGAAAGGGUUGGUUUAGUACCGACGUCUCUCGAGGGCACAUUUUUAAAACUAGGUUUCCCCCCUUUGAUGAACAACUUGUUCAGUGUGCCACCACGAGGAAGAGACGAGGGAGGGAAGCCAGUUUUGGUUUGACGUCCUGUUGUCUUUGAUGCAUUUUUGUUUAUUUGGUUCCCUGGAAAUUGAAUCCUUUUUUCUGUGUACAGUGCUUCCUCUUUUUUUUUUGCUUGUAAGCCCGACAAGAUAAAUCCUUUGUAGCUUUUUGCAACAUUAAUCAGAGCGGCUGGUAGUUUGAACUGAUUUUGUAUAAACCUGUGAGUGCUGUGGUGCGUUUUUAGAGUCAAAGCUUUGGAUUUGGGAUAUUCCUGCUUCUGUGCUUCUGUAUGUGCUUAAGAGACAGAUUUGGGUGCCAAAGCUGAAAGUGUCAUCUUGCACUGAAAGCACGGCUUCUCCAUUUGGUGCUUUUGUGCAUGUUUUGUCUGUGAAAGUGCUAAUUUUUUUAGACAGAU